AUGGGCCUACACUUUGAGAAUGAAUGGGGAGAGCAGUUGGACGUGGAGCAGAAUGAGGAGGACUUUGUGGUGCCCAAGGCUUCCUUUAUUGUGCUAUCUGCUGUUGAUCCUGUAAGAAAUUCUCCGUAUAGUAGUGUGGCGGAUGACCAAUGGGGAAUCAUGAACAGCUCUUCUGAACUCGAGGAUGGGACUCGGCAUAAAAACCAGACGUUCUGUGAGUGUGUGCCCAGCUCCUCCCAGCUCAAACAUCGCUGGUCAGACUCAGAAACUGCCAGGGAGACUCCUGCCAAGAGGAUGAGCUGCAGCUACCUGCUGUGCACCAUCCUGCUCUUCGUGGCUGUAUUGUUGGCUGUCACUGUCACCGGCACCAUCCUUUUUAUGAAUCACUACCAGGCCCCACCCAUGUCUGACGGCCUACCCCACAUCUCCACCAAUCAGGAUGAAGCCAAUGCCCUGGUCACCGUUGAGAGAGGCGAUGGCUCUCGUAUCAACAUCUUCAUCGACCCCAAUUGUCCCGACUACAACAGUAACUUUUUGCGCCUGGAGGGAGUGCAGACGUCACUGCUCCACUCGCUGACCGACCACGACUCUGACCUGAAGUCAGUGAAAGGCCAGGAUCGAGCUCUUCUCGUCAGUCUGGCUGAAGAGGUGGCCAAGCUGUCAGCCCAUGCGGGGCAGCUGAAAAUGGACUAUGAAUCUUUACGCAGGGGCCAGGGCAGUCUGGGGCAAGACCUGAACACACUGCAGACGGAGCAGGGACGCCUCAUACAGCUGCUGUCAGACAGCCAGAUCAACAUGGUGAAGGUAGUGAACUCGGUGAGUGAUGCUCUCAACGCCAUGCAGAAGGAGAACGUGGGCCUGAAGGCGCGCGUCAAGGCCGACUUGCAGAGGGCGCCAGUCAGAGGGGCCCGCUUCAAGGGCUGCGCCAACGGCUCGCGUCCCCGUGACUGCGGUGAUCUGUACGCCAGUGGUCAGAGAGAGGACGGCAUCUACUCUGUGUUUCCCGUUCACCACCCCGCAGGCUUCCAGGUCUACUGCGACAUGACAACAGACGGAGGAGGCUGGACGGUGAUCCAGCGCAGGGAGGAUGGCUCGGUCAACUUCUUCAGAGCAUGGGAGUCCUAUCGGGAGGGAUUUGGCAAGAUCACUGGUGAACACUGGCUCGGGCUGAAGCAGAUCCAUGCCCUGUCCAUCCAGGGGAACUAUGAGCUGCGUAUCGACUUGGAGGACUUUGAAAAUAGCACCGCUUAUGCCCAGUAUGGAACCUUUGGAGUGGGCCUCUUCUCAGUAGACCCUGAUGAUGAUGGAUAUCCUUUGACUGUGGGCGACUAUUCUGGCAAUGCAGGUGACUCUCUGCUGAAGCACAACGGGAUGAAGUUCACCACCAAAGACCGGGACAACGACCACUCGGAGAACAACUGCGCCUCCUUCUAUCACGGUGCCUGGUGGUACCGCAACUGCCACACCUCCAACCUUAACGGCCAGUACCUGCGCGGCCAGCACACCUCCUAUGCCGAUGGCAUCGAGUGGUCCUCCUGGACCGGCUGGCAGUACUCCCUCAAGUUCUCCGAGAUGAAAAUACGGCCAACCCGCGACCAAGAGAACAAAUGA